AUGCUGGCUCAUAGCAUCAAUCGAGGCGUUUCCAAGCGCCCUCUGCCGCGUGUCCAGCUCCCAUCCGUUCUCGCGCGCAGCGUCAGCAACUGGGGCCGCCGCGGCUGGCCGCGAUGGAGGGACGAGGCCGACGAGGAGUGGAGGCAGUUCCAACUUAAGAUGGAUGCCUUCCACAAGCAGAUCGAGGCUGAUCCCUACGAGGCCAUUUUCGGUCGUUCUAACGAGAUACUUCGCGGCAUUCGCCGCUCUCCGCCCGCCGACCCUUCCCCAACCAAGGCGGUCCCCAUCUCCACCGAAUCCGAGACGAAGCCCACUGCGAACCACCAACCCGCGGUUGAGCUGUCGUACGAUCCUAUCACCGGCCGAAUGGCCCCAAAGUACGGCGCUCCUGAGAGCCCAGCUGUUGAAGAUCCGUCGAUACAUUACUCUCAAAGCCAUCACGAUCCCCGUGACGACUCUUUGUCCGCCUACGACAAGAAGCCGAGCAGCACACCAGCACAGUCGAGCGACUGGCUUGCUCAGGAGCGCCUCAAUCAAACUCGGGCCAAUACAGCCGAACAGGAUCAGUUGCGGGAAAGUUUAGCCAAGUAUGACAACGACCUACGUGAGCAGCCUCAGAGGCCGCCAGCACCACCAUCCGAAUGGCUCGUCCAGGAAGAUCACCACAAGAGCACUCCUCGCAAACUGAAUCUUCCGGCAGAUGACAUCGAUCUGCUAACUGCUACCGAUGUAAGAGCUCGUAUGGGCAUUCGCAAGAACCCCAACCACGAGACUGCUGAGCAGAAGCAAACGAGGCGUGUUCAACUGGAACGUGACUUCAAUUCGAUCCAAGCACAAGAUCCAACACCUCGAGUUCAAGAAACCUUGUACAAAGUUCAAGAAGCCUGGGAGAUUUUUGAUAGGCGCAGGCGUCUUGCAGACGAAUACGCUAAGGCUGAGAAGGCGGUGAAGACAUCCGAACAGGAGCUAUCAGACAUUCUGGAAACAUCUCUAUCCUGUGCUGCAAGGAAGACCCCGGACGACGGAUACUCGCACGUCCCAACUGGUCUGCAGACAUCUUUCGAAAGAGAGAAAGCUUCCGGUCGUGACCUCGCUACUGAUAUCCAAACCAGAGCCAAGCCGGUGCAAUAUGACGACGGUUACUCUCGUACGCCAAUGGGCUUGCAGACAUCUUUUGAGAUGGAACAAGCCGCUGGACGUUCCCUUUCUGAGGACAUCCAGGCAAGGACGGAGCCCCGGAAUCACGUCGUCGACGACGGCUAUUCCAGAGAACCCAUGGGUCUCGAGACGUCUUUUGAGAGAGAGAAGGCUUUAGGUCACUCGCUUGCCGAUGAGAUCCACGCCAAGACAGACCCGAAGCAGUAUAUCGCUGAUGACGGUUACUCGAGGGAACCUACUGGUCUGGAGACUUCAUACCAGCGGGAAUUGGACUCUGGCCGAAGUCUGGAACAAGAAAUCCAGGCUCGGGACGAUGCUUGCCUCACUUCACCGGACGAUGGGUACUCGCAUGAACCCACCGGCCUCCAGUCUUCGUUCGCUCACGAGCUUGAAGCUGUGAGGAAUGGGGUGAAACAAUCACUUGAAGAGGAGCUCAGCAAGAUGUCUCUGGGCGCAGCCUCAUAUUCGGACGUGUGCUCUCCGAAGGCGCCAGACAGCUCGAUUGGCUCAGCCACAGCGCCCCCGAGGUCAGUCGAACAACGAAGAAAGCAAGGAGCAGCUCCGGACGAGCUCAAAGAUUGGUAUGGAUAUUCGCUGAAACCGCUAGGACUACAGACGUCGUAUGAGCGAGAGAUCGAGGCCUGCCAGAAUGGCCAACGUAAAUCUCUAGAAGAGGAGCUCCAGGAACAGGCUUUAGGUGUGGCGCACGGUGCUUCGGAGUUUGAUGGACAAGGAUUCUCCCGGAAACCGACCGGUCUUGAGACGUCGUUCCAGCGAGAACUGGACGCAUGUGCGAAUGGUAAGAGAAAGUCCCUUGGGGAGGAAUUGGCUCUUCCGGUCGACGGUGGUGCUGUUGAGACGAUGAGCACGAAAGAGGAAGCCGCCAAACUCGAGGCAGCACGAGAGCAACGUCUGCAUGACAUUGCUCUUGUUCGUGAAGUGCGCGAGAUCUACGAAAAGUACUAUGGCAAAAUCACUACUACUCACCGCCAAGCAGAGGGUGCUUCAGUUGCACCUGAAACUUUUGAAGUUUCGAGCACCGAGGACACAGGGCGUAUAGACGAAGCAGUGCACAAGAGCCUCUCUUCCUACGACGAGAAGCACCCGGGCUCUUACAACUUCACGCCUGACAACCUCGAGACCGAACUCUCCACCCGGGGCCCCGCUUCCUCACAACCCUCUGAAAGUCAGACGCCAGGAGCCUCCGCAAUCAAACCGCCAUGUGGCACUUCUGCUGCGGAUGCCAGUGGUGAGAAUCUUGUUGCGGAUGCCAACCAAAAUGAGACGGACCCCGCCGUCACAAUCUCUGCAAAGCCGCGUGUCUACAAACUUCUCGCCUUUGAUCCUUCGACAAGAUCGCUCACUACUUCCCAAACAUCUUCUACGGUCUACAGUCCCGGUGAACACCCGAUCCCUCUUAGUGUCGCGCUCUCAAACCUGUCUCAACCAGCCAGGUUCAUCCCGCAACUCACCUCUCUCCAAAAAGAUGGUUACGAACCUGUCGCCUCGGCCGCAAACCUUCUGAUCUUGCGGCUUCGCGAUGACAAGUUGAAGGAGACUCACAAGCGUGCUCCUCGUCCUAACCCGGUUGACGGUACCACGAUUCCCCUUCCACCUACUCCUACAAUGUCCCCCACCGGCUACAUCAACCUGGACCCUGUGAUGGAGAAUCCGGCCGCCGCCAGAAAAUCCUCGUCGCGCCACAAGGAUGACAAGAAGGUGCGCAAGACUGAGCCGGUCUUUUCAGGUGAGCGCCGCAAGGAAGGCAUGAAGGGGCAGAGCGUCAGGACUGUCUUGACCACUUUUAUCUGGGCCACUGCUGCAUGUUACGUUGCCGGCGUUGCCGGUGAAGUAGCCAAGGGGUACUAG